CUGUUUGUUCAUCCUUGCGGUAUUUUCGGCGAUGGAGUAAUACUCUGCUAGCAACCCUUCAUGACAUGAGUCUGGUAAGUCACCAGUCUUAUCUCAAUUACGUAUGGAUAAAUCGUGGAUGAAAUCCGAUAGAAGAAGUAGAGAGUAUGAACUAGGAGUGGAUGAAUUGUUAAGGGCACAUCUUUUCCAACAUGGUAUUGAUGAAUCAUAUACAUGUUGGAUAUGGCAUGGAGAGCUAAAUCCAGAUGAUGAACCCCCUCACCCACACAAUAAACGUGUUCAUGACUCAUUUGACGAUGGAACAGAUGAAAACAGCGAAGAAGAUGGUGAGGACAGGUCUUUUGAAUACUCUGAUUUCAUGAACCAUGUCCAAGGGGAUUCUGAACCCCUUUACCUGGGAUGCAACACCUACACUAAGCUGAAGGCACUAGUGAAAUUAUAUAACUUGAAGGCAAAGCAUGGGAUUUCUGACUCAUGCUUCUCUGAAAUUCUGCUUUUGCUGGGGACAUUUCUCCCAAAGGGCAACUGCCUGCCUUCGCCAUUUGGUGAAGCAAAGAAGACCUUAUGUGCUUUAGGCCUCUUCUUUGCAUGCGUCUACCUCGUUGCUCAGAUCCCCCCAAAGAGCACUCAACAGAAUGCGCAGGCUGGACGUGCAAUCCAAAAACGAAUUCUCCGAUCCUCUCCAAGGCACAAGAAACCUGAAGGUCUUUCAGAGCGUAAUGAACUGCAAUGUCAUAGUUCCCCAAAACCCGAGCUCCGAAAAUCUCCCAGGCUUAAAAGAAAAGAUCGGCCGAGCACUUUGACAGUGGUGCAGGCAUUGAGUGGCUCAAGGUCAAAGAACGUGCAAAGCCAUUCUACUCCCUUGCCCGUCACCCCAAAGCCAAAGCCAAUAUCUGACAAUGUACAAAAACAGAUCAAGCAGAAGAGAAAGCGGGAAGAAAAACCAACAGUUUUGUUUAAUGAUAAGGGACAACCGUAUGGUGUGGCUGCUGCAGAGAUGCAAUCUUAUAUUGGAGUUUUGGCCAGGACAAAAGCUCCAAUAUGGUUUGACACUUGGAGGCAAGUUCCGGUAACCAUCAAGAACAAGAUUUGGAAAUCUGUCACGGGACAACCGUAUGGUGUGGCUGCUGCAGAGAUGCAAUCUUAUAUUGGAGUUUUGGCCAGGACAAAAGCUCCAAUAUGGUUUGACACUUGGAGGCAAGUUCCGAAAGUCCAUGAUGAGCAUGUGAAGAGAGUUAAGGAAAACAAAUAUCCUUAUCGCUUGUCUCGAAAAGGCUAUGCAAACCUGGAACAGGAAUGGGCAAAAACACACAGUGGAGAUGAGUCAGUCAUUGAUCGAUCUGUUACGUGGGUCCUUGCAAGGAAGGACAAAGAAGGAAAUUUCAAGAGUGAGUCUACAAAACAGAAGGCAGAGGAAAUUGAGUUCUUAAGGGAACAAGUAUGCUCUGGUGUGCUUACUGAAGAAGGUGAUGAUGAUGUAUUGACCAAGGCUCUUGGGAAGCCCGAGCACAGUGGAAGAGUUCGAGGUCAAGGAAUGCAUGUGAGGAAGGCUGUGUAUUUCAAUCUCCCGCGGUCAAAGAAGCAGAAGACACAAACAACGGUUGAUGAGCAAGUGAAGGAGGGUGUGAGACAACUUUUGGCAGAGGAGGUGAAUAACAUUGUUGCUUCAAGAGAUGCUUUUUGGAUGGCAGAGAUAGAGAAGUUGAAAUCAGAGAUCUGGAAGAAACAAAGAAGUAGUCCCGCUGUCCCUUCCCAAGAGGCUAGCUGCUCACCUAAAUUCAGGGAAGGUGGGCAGAAUCAACAAGUGGCAAGGAAGAUUCUAAAGGACUCAUUUGAUGCAGAACUUGAACCACUCACAGAGAAUAAUGACAUUGGUGAUGAGUGUAAUCAUAAACUAUCUGUGGCUGAGCAUGUUGAUGAGAAACAAAAUGAAAAAGAAAGAGAAAAGAAUGAGAGUGAAGAUCAAGAAAUUGAUACUGUGGAGAAGCUUGUGGAAGUUGGAGGACUUAAAGUAGAGAAGAAAGCAGAAAAAGAUAUCUCUGUUGAUGUUGAUUCCGGGGAGAGCCAAAUGGCACAGCUUGCUGUUGGUUCUGUGGACAAUAUUGUUGCACAUGCAAAGGUGUAUGGAUUCUCCCGGAUGGAUGACCUCACCCUACAUGCUGAAAAACUGGGUGAAGAAUAUGCAAAGGUGUCCAUUACAGAAGCAAUAAAAGAUGAUGACAUUCGAGUCCCAAUCCCCGGUGAAGUACUUACUGUUGAACAAGCCAAAGGAACUUUUGUAGCAUGGCCUAAGGAGCUGAUAGUCUUGGAUGUGCUUCCUAAAGGAAAGAGUAAUUUAAAAAUUGUCAAAAAGAAAAAGGCCCCUAAACGAUUGAAAAAGGCACAUGUUCAAGACGAUGAGGAAUGUGGCCAAGAGUUCCAAGUAGAAUUUGGUGCUGAGUAUCCACUGCAGUUGAAACGGCUAUGGUUGUGGGCUAAGGAAGCAUUGUCUGAUGAUAGAGCACAUACUUUUGUCCUUAAUAAAGAUGCCUUUGGGGUGGAAAAGAAGUUAUCGGUUUUUCUGAGUGAUAUACAUGCUCUAACUGAUGUUCUGAAUUGUUUCUUCCUUGUUGUUGCACAUCAUACUGUUGGUUCUGUGGACAAAAUUGUUGCACAUGCAAAGGUGUAUGGGUUCUCCCGGAUGUAUGACCUCACCCUACAUGGUGAAAAACUGGGUGAAGAAUAUGCAAAGGUGUCCAUUACAGAAGCAAUAAAAGAUGAUGACAUUCCAGUCCCAGUCCCCCGUGAAGUACUUACUGUUGAACAAGCCAAAGGAACUUUUGUAGCAUGGCCUAAGGAGCUGAUAGUCUUGGAUGUGCUUCCUAAAGGAAAGAGCAAUUUAAAAACUGUCAAAAAGAAAGAGGCCCCUAAACGAUUGAAAAAGGCACAUGUUCAAGAAGAUGAGGAAUGUGGCCAAGAGUUCCAAGUAGAAUUUGGUGCUGAGUAUCCACUGCAGUUGGAACGACUAUGGUUGUGGGCUAAGGAAGCAUUGUCUGAUGAUAGAGCACAUACUUUUGUCCUUAAUAAAGAUGCCUUUGGGGUGGAAAAGAAGUUAUCGGUUUUUCUGAGUGAUAUACAUGCUCUGUGCGCUCGUGGCGAGAUGGCUGGAAGCGAAAUUACAAUAUACAUCCACUGCGUGUAUGAGCUUGUGAAAAAAAACAAAAUGCUUCAGAUGAUCACUUUCGUGGAUCCCGGCAUGAAUCAUUGGGUUUUGACUGUUGUCAAACCUAAUGAAGAGGUAGUGUACUACAUGGACCCCCUUAAACGGCGUAUAGAUAGUCAGGAGUGGACUGAAGUGGUUGAUAAUGCUAUAGUUUUGUACAAGAGUACCAUGAACACACCUAUGUUGAAGAAGAAAGUGUCCUAGGAGAACAUGGCGGGCAUCCCGAUGCAAAAAGGGAGUGUAGACUGUGGCUUGUUUGUAAUG